AGCUUUGGGCGGGCCAAACGGGAAGCAGGGUCCUUCUCUCGGGCGGUCGCACAGGCUGCGGCUGUGGGAAGCCGGGCUCAGGCACCAUGUACUACAAGUUCAGCGGCUUCACGCAGAAGCUGGCUGGAGCCUGGGCCUCGGAAGCCUAUAGUCCGCAGGGGUUAAAGCCAGUGGUUUCCACAGAAGCACCGCCUAUCAUAUUUGCCACACCGACUAAACUAACCUCCAGUGUGACAGCAUAUGACUAUGCUGGGAAGAACAAAGUUCCAGAGCUGCAGAAAUUCUUCCAGAAGGCUGACGGUGUGCCCAUCCACCUGAAACGAGGCCUACCCGACCAAAUGCUUUACCGGACCACCAUGGCGCUGACUGUGGGAGGGACCAUCUACUGCCUGAUUGCCCUCUACAUGGCUUCCCAGCCCAAAAAUAAAUGAGUUAGCCUGUGGAGGACUGGGUUACUUUGUGGCACAAACCCUUUGAAUUUUCACUUUUCUGUUUGUUUUUUUUUUCCACUUGGAUGGUCUACUAACAUUUUUGCAAACAAAGGAAAAGAUGAGAGCACAAGCGCUUUGGUUUGUGAAAUGCAGAUGGUCUGUCAGGUGUCAGCGCUGGUUUGACAGUUAAUACACUGUCGCAGGAAACAACCCUGAGCCUGUUUGUGCCCCUGAUUUCCCUGGAGGCUCUGGAUACAAGUUGCUCACAGCCUCAUUAAUGGCAGGCAGUCUGUGCUCAGGGCCUCCGAGAUUGGGGCUAAGCAGGGACUGCAGAGUCCUUUCUGGGUUUAGCUGUGACUGUGGAAGGAAGACAGAGCUGAGGGUCAAGCAUGUGAAAUGAGGAGUUCCAGUUAGCCAGCCACCUGGGACUUUUUCCAUCUUGCAGUGAAAUGUUAAUAGAAAUUUUUGCAAUCUGCCUCUGUUUUUCGGGCAGUUUGUUUCAAAGGGUAAUUUGCCUCACCCAGCUUCUUAGUGAAAUGUUAUGUAUUUGUUCCAUCAUGGGAAAGAGAACACCUGUCAGGAUUGUACUUUAGACAGCUGUACCAGAAAUUCUCUUUAGUAAUGCUAUGACUUUAAAUUAUGAUUUCUUUGACUGUGGAAUAAAUACAUGAAUAAAAAUUUUA